AUGUCAAUGCAUACUAUCACUAAUGUAAUACUACUACCAUUACUAUUUUUCUUGCGUUUUGGAACUACAUUACAAUCUGACCCAUUAAGUAUCCGGGCAGAAAAGGCAGCCCUGUUUACACUUAGGUCAUCAUUAGGGUUAAGAACAAAAGAAUGGCCCAUAAAAUCUGACCCAUGUUCAACAUGGGUUGGUAUUCAAUGUGAAAAUGGUAGUGUCAUUGGUAUUAAUAUUUCAGGGUUUAAGAGAACCACAAUUGGGAAUCAAAAUCCUGCUUUUGCAGUCGAUUCUCUUGUCGGUUUUACGAACUUGGUAUCGUUUAAUGCUUCAAGAUUUUUGCUUAUUGGUUCGAUUCCAGAUUGGUUAGGGGUUAGAGUUAAAACCCUUAAGUUUCUUGAUCUUAGAUUUUGUGGAAUUUCGGGUGGGAUUCCGGGUAGUAUUGGGAACUUGACUGGUCUUAUUGAAUUGUAUUUAUCCGGUAAUGUUUUGACAGGUGGGAUUCCGGAUAGUUUGGGAAUGUUGUUGAGUCUUUCGGUUCUUGAUUUAUCUAGAAAUGUACUUACUGGUUUGAUUCCUUUGUCUUUUGGGAACUUAGUGAACCUGCAUUGUUUGAAUCUUUCUAGUAACGGGCUUUCGUCUAAUGUUCCUGCUCAAAUUGGUAAGCUUGAUAGUUUGGUUGUUCUUGAUUUGAGUUUUAAUGCGUUUUCUGGGCUGCUGCCAAAAGAAUUGGGGAGUUUGAGGAGUUUACGUAGAAUAGUGAUUCGUGAUAAUAACUUUAGUGGUGAGCUUCCUGAUGCGAUUUGGUCACUGCCCGGUUUGAGUUUUCUUGAUGUGUCUGAUAAUAAUUUUGUAGGGUCUUUACCGAAUAAAAGUUUGAAUGGAAAUGUUACCAAGUCGGUUUUUAAUCUCUCGCAUAAUAUGUUUUAUGGGGUCUUGACAUGUGUACUUAGAAGGGUUAGUUUUAUUGAUCUUUCGUAUAAUUACUUCCAAGGAAAUAUACCGGAUUAUGUACAUGAUGCUGCAUUUUUGGAUGGGAAUUGCUUUCGAAACUGGCCAAGCCAAAGGGGUUUGAAAGAAUGUGCAGCGUUUUAUUCUAUGAAGGGGUUACUAUUUGAUACUUUUGGACUUACUGAUGGCUCCUUGAGCUCAGUUUUACAUGACCAUAAAAGCAAACGAAGAGUGCUCGUAUUUGCAGCAGUUUUUGGGAGUUUGGGGCUCAUUCUCUUCCUUGUGAUUUCAGUGAUAUUACUUAUCUUAUUCAGAUAUAAGAACCGGAAAACAACUCAAGCAGGGAAUGACGAGGGACCCCUUACUACAGAACGAGAGAGUGUGAACCUUAUGGGUCUUGGGGAACUGUUUACUUAUGAGAAGAUUGUGUCUGCAACAAAUGACUUUAAUGAUGCAAAUUUUAUAAAAAAUGGCCAUUCUGGUGAUAUUUUUAAGGGUGUUUUGGAGGGUGGAACUCAUAUAAUAGUUAAAAGAGUUGAUGUGCAUUCAGGAAAGAUUAUUAGUGCACUAGAGUUAGAUCUCUACAGUAAGAUUUCUCAUCCUCGAUUGAUUCCUCUGUUGGGACAUUGCUUGGAGAACGAGAAGGAAAAGUUCUUGAUUUACAAGUAUAUGCCAAAAGGGGAUUUGUCAAGUUCUUUGUAUACGAAAAAUUGUUCUGAUGAUGAUACAUUGAAGUCGUUAGAUUGGAUCACAAGAUUGAAAAUUGCAAUUGGAGCUGCUGAAGGUCUCUCUUAUCUUCAUCAUGAAUGUUCUCCGCCUGUUGUUCACAGAGACAUUGAAGCUAGCAGUAUACUUCUUGAUGACAAAUAUGAAGUGCGGUUAGGAAGCUUAAGUGAGGCAUGUACGCACGAAGGUGAUAAUUAUUCAAAUAGGAUCACUAGGUUGCUACGGUCACCUCAGACAUCAGAACAAAGUGCUUCUGGUGUAAUUACAGGAAUGUGUUCCUAUGACGUUUAUUGUUUUGGAAAGGUAUUGCUGGAGCUUGUAACAGGCAGAAUUGGUAUUAGCGCAUCGCGUGACUUAAUCACAAAAGACAUAUUGGAAGGUAUCCUUCCAUACAUCAGUUUAGAGGACAAGGAUCUCAUGACAAACAUUAUGGAUCCGUCAUUAGUAGUAGAUGAGGAUUUAUUGGAAGAAGUUUGGGCUAUGGCUGUUAUUGCUAAAUCUUGCCUUGAUCCAAAACCUUCAAAGAGACCACUUAUGAGAUUCAUACUCAAAGCUUUGGAAAAUCUAUCGAAGGUUGUCCGGGAAGAUUCUACAAGCUCAGAGAAACUUCCGGUGAAGUCGUCUAAGAGUUCUUGGGGUGGCAGCAGCAGCAGCUCAUGUAAUAGCUUGCCAUAUCAGACUGCAGGGUCUCAGUUGCCUGGCAAUGUGGAUGGUUGUUUGUCCACUAGGUAGAAGGCUUUCAAAGGAUGUGUUUCCUGAACCACUGGAUGUGCUAGAUGAAGAGACAUCAAACAAGGUUUAGGAUGGAUUGAUUCUUUUAAUAAUAACCGAUGUGGGAGGCCCCCUUUGGAGAUGUAUGACAUGUAAGAAACUGAACAUGUAGUUUUCCAAUCUAGGGAGAUUUCAUGCACAUAGAUUAUGAAUCUUUCUUUACAGAGAGGUGUCGAUAUGGAUAAUGUUGACAUAUAGAGAGUGAGAGUACACAUGUUCUAGUCGUGGCUUAAUAUAUAUUGUUGCUAAUUUUGUGUUUGAAACACGCUUGAAAGUUUUUGUUUCCCGUUGUGAAUUGUAAAUGAAGUCUGUUUUGAUCUGG